GAAAGUCAUACAGAAAAUAAAGGAAAAAAGAGAAAAAUUUAAAAAAGUAAAGGGGUUGCUUCAGUUUUAUUUGAUAUCUCCAUGGAGGAAUUGAAGAGCGCAUGAUAUUGCAGUUGCUGAGAUUGAUCGGAGGCAGAGACGAAGAAGGCGCGCCCAACCGUCUUGGGCGACUCCGGAACUCCAAACCCUAAUGGUCAGAUUUUCUCUCCUAUAAUCAAUCUUAUUAUUGAAUUAAUUUAUCCAUGUGGCCGGCCCACCCGGUAUUGAGAUUGAGGCGCAGUUGGAUCAAGUCGAGUUAAUCGUUGUCCAUUUUGUUGAAAUCGGUUGUGAAUCCCUCGGGAUUUCGUCGCCGCAUCAAAUGGAUCAGACUUUCGGUUUUAAUUCUCCGGCGAUGGGUGGCCCGGCGCCGUUCGGCUCUGCUUCGUCGCGGCUGGCGAAACCGCGAUUCACUAAGAAGAAAUAUACGCCGGCCAAUCUCUCCAUUGGUUUUGAGAAUGAUGACCGGAGUUUCAACCCGUUUCUACCUGUCUCGCAGCCCCCGGAAGGUACCUCCGGCUCCGGCGUGGUGAAUCCUGGUCCUUCCGAUAGUAAUGCUGAUGUUUAUCGGAAUGCGGGGUUUGCAUUCGGAGCUUCGAAAGCUAGCACUAAUGGUAAUCCAUUUACCCCUACUUUUGCUAGUAAUCCCUUUUAUUCAAACUCCCAGGGAAUCAUAGAGCCAGAUAAAGAUCUUGUUGGUGAAAUUAGAAACUUGAAAAUUGAAAGCCAGCAGCAUAUUAAUGAUCCUGGGAAUAUGAAUGGUAAAGAAACUGGUAAUUCUGAGACAAAGGGGAUGGAUGAACUACUUGCUUCUAAAUUGCCUGAGGAGGUUGAAAAUAAGUUGAAGAUUAAAAGUGAGGAGAAUGCUGUGAGGUCACAGAAGGGUGACAGCCUCAAGUUUAAAUUAAGUGGAAGCUCUAAAUUACAUGAUAGCUUUGUAAGCGGUGAUAAUGUCGAUGGUGGUGCUGAGAGAAUGGAACUCUUGAAUGAGAUGAACAAAUUGAAUAUCAAAGAUGGGGCAACAGAUCAGUUGAAGAACCCUGCAUUUGAGGGAGUAGAAUCUUUUGGCAGAGCCUCUGAUAAUGAACUUCAUGAUAGGCUGAAGAACUUACAUCUAAAAGAAACUAUGAACCCAAACCUUGGCAAUGAUAAUGCUAAUGUUGAUGCUAAUUCAAGCGGCCGCUGUAAGUUUAAUUUUGGGGGAUGUGGAAACACUGUUAUUCAAUCAGAUGGCAUAAAUAACUCACAACAUGGAGGCCUUUCUGAUCAAGUGCAGAAAGAUUUGCCACCUUUCACAAAAACUGCAAAUGAGAUGGAGACUGAACCUUUCGGUCGCAAGAAUUCUAUAUUUUCUUGUUCAGUCCCUUCGGAACUCAAUUUUCAGGCAGAAAGGAGCGAAGUCUCUAGUAGUGGUCAAAGUGGUAUUAUGCCCUCCUGUUCCCCCAAUUAUGCCCGACCUGCAACUUUUGGUCCUGAAGCACCAUUCAUGGAUAGGCCUGGAAAGACGGCUGAGUUUAGUUUCAGUGGGAUGAUGCAACAUGUAGAAUUUAAAACACCAAACUCAAAAGGGAGCUUGAAUAGGAAAAUUGAAACAAAAAGGGAUCCAACUAAAGAUACCAAGUUGAAAAAGAAAUGGAAACAUAGGAAAUCAAUUUCAAUUUCAAUUCCACCGAAUACUGGACAAUGUUAUUUUCUAGCAGAAAGCUUGGAAGAAAAUGUAGAGUCUUCUGAGUCAUAUUCACCAAUGGAUAUUUCUCCAUACCAAGAAACAACAGCAGAUAACAUUUCAAGGGGAACUUCUGUGACUUCUGAUGAGGCCUUAAGCUUGAAUGAUAACUAUGCAUCAAGUGAGUCACAUCCCAUGGUUUCAAAUGAUAUAGCUGAUGAAGAUCUUAUUGAUGCAACCCAACAUUUGAAUAUUAAUGAAAACAAUGUUUAUAAUGAUAAGGAGAAAGUAGAACCUUUGCAUCCAGGUGUUUGUGUUGAGGAAGAUUAUAUUUCUGGAGCUGAGACUGAAAGCUUCUUAUCUGCUACUGAUCACCUAGAUUGUAGCACUGAUUCAUUUGUUACUGCAGCAGAAAAUGAAGUAAGUUCCAGUUCAACUGUUGAGAGACAAGAUAUUAAUGGUGGAAAUGCAAAUUUAGAAGACACAUGCCAGUCUAAAUUCAUAUUCGCUGCCUCUUCUACUGCUCAAUGUCCAUCACCAUCAGUAACACGACAUCGGAAGAAGAAAAGUCAUGCAAGACAUGGAAGUGAUUUAAGUAAUUCUGUUUCAAGUGCAAAAGUUCCAUAUUCACCCUAUUCUCUGAGUUCUUUUCAAGUUUCUGGGGCAUCUUCAUUAUCCCUUAAUAAAACUAAAAAUGUUGACAUGCCUGCCUUCUCAAGACAGAGCCAGGGCAAAAGUCAACCACUUAAGGAAAAAGAGGUCAAGUUAGAAGCUAACUCCGCUACUGCCCAGAGCAUGGCAGCUCUGGAAGCUUGUGAAAAGUGGCGACUAAGGGGAAAUCAAGCCUAUGCAAGUGGGGAUUUGUCUAGAGCAGAGGACUAUUACACACAAGGGGCUAAUUGUAUAUCUCAGAGCGAGACAUCUAGGAAUGCUCUUCAAGCUUUGACGUUGUGCUACAGCAAUCGUGCUGCAACACGAAUGUCUCUAGGAAGGAUGAAGGAGGCACUGGAUGAUUGUUUGACAGCCAUCAGAUUGGAUCCAAACUUCCUAAAGGUCCAACUUCGAGCUGCGAACUGUUACCUCUCCUUGGGGGAAACGGAAAAUGCGUCUCGACAUUUUAUGAAGUGCUUGGAGAUGGGCAGUAAGUCCUGUGUAGAAAGAAAGGUACUGGAGGACGCCUCUGAGGGCUUAGAGAAGGCACUGAAAGUAUCAGAAUGCAUGAAGCAAUCAGCAACACUCUUAGGAAGAGGAACGUCUAAUGAUGCAGUCUGUGCCUUGGCUGUGAUAGCUGAUGCUUUGGUGAUAAGCCCUUGCUCAGAAAAGCUUCUUGAAAUGAAAGCAGAUGCUCUUCUUAUGUUGAGGAAAUACGAAGAGGUAAUUCAGUUAUGUGAGCUGACACUUGCUUCAGCUGAGUUAAACGCAUUCCGAUCAGAUGUUGAUUUGAAAAUGUUGGAUGCUUCUAAGAUACAAAAUACUGCUUCGUUUAGGCUUUGGUGCUGUUCGGUAACAGUCAAAGCCUACUUUUAUCUGGGAAAGCUUGAGGAAGCUGUUAAUUUUUUGAAUAAAGAAGAGAAAUCCAUGCCUUCAAUGGAAAGUGGUGGAACCUUUGCUUUAGAAUCUAGUAUACCUUUGGCUGCAACAAUACGGGAGCUCUUACGCCUCAAGGCUGCUGGAAAUGAAGCAUUUCAGUCAGGAAAGCAUGCAGAGGCUAUUGAACAUUACAGUGCUGCUAUAUCAUGGAAUGUUGAGUCACGACCUUUUGCAGCGAUUUGUUUUUGUAAUCGUGCUGCUGCAUACCGAGCAGUGGGCCAAAUAUUGGAUGCCAUUGCAGAUUGCAGCUUGUCUAUAGCCCUUGAUGGAAAUUAUGUAAAGGCAAUAUCUAGACGAGCUUCAUUGCUUGAGAUGAUCAGGGAUUAUGGACAAGCAGCUUCAGAUCUUCGAAGGCUUAUCUCCCUUCUCACAAGGCAAAUGGAAAAUAAGAUAAACCAGUCAGAUAAAAGUUUUUUCAUGAGUGAGAUCCGGCAAACACAGCAGAAGCUUUUGACAAUGGAGGAAGAAGACAGAAAGGAAAUCCCUUUGAAUAUGUACCUAAUACUGGGAGUAGACCCAUCUGCUGCGUCUUCAGAAAUUAAGAGGGCUUACCGAAAAGCUGCACUCAAACAUCACCCUGACAAGGCUGGGCAAUUGUUAUCCAAAAAUGAUAAUGCAGAUGAUGGAAUUUGGAAAGAAAUAGCUGAAGAGGUUUGUAUAGAUGCUGACAGGCUUUUCAAAAUGAUUGGGGAGGCCUAUGCACUACUUUCGGAUCCUGCAAAGCGCUCACGGUAUGAUAUUGAAGAAGAGACGAGGAACAGUCAAAAUAGAGGGAACAGAGGCAGCACGAUGAAAACACACAUGGACUCUUAUAACUCUCAAUUUGAGAGGAGUGGGAACAGAUGGCAAAGGAGUGCUGUUUGGAGAGCAUAUGGGAAUUUCCAGCCCAGAGAGUCAGAUAGAAGUCAGUCAAACUGGUACUCAUGACAAGGUUCAAUGCUCUGUUUAAAUCCUAGUAUACAGAGCUUUACUAUUGCUGCAGAAUAUGGGAGAAUUUCCUUGUGCAACUAACAACAGGUGGCAACUGAACUGAUAGAUUUUGAACACGAUGUCCCAUGUUUUGAACUGAUUUGAGGAUUCCAAAGUUUAUGGUUUACACGACAGCAGGUGGAGAUCAGAGCAGUUUGAGUUGACCUACAUCUGUGCUCAGAAGACAAUGGUUGUAAAAAUGUUGAAGCAACUUGAAUGAUGUCUCGCCUGGAGGCAACGAACGGUACAUUGGUCAAGCAACUCUGCUAACAAUACCUGCUUGCUGCACGAGGCUUCGACAAAGACGGCCAACCGGCUAGCUCAACAAUAGAUUUUGCAUUGUUCCACACAAGAUUUGUGUUUGUGAAAUGGUUUGUUCUAUUCAUUUAUUAUUUUGAUUGAUUUGUACAUAAUAGUUUGUUAUAUUUAUUUUCAAGUGCCAAGUGUGCAAUUAGUCCAUCCUUUUUUUCCAAAGGAAGAGCUUCUUCUAGAACUUGUUUUAAAAGAAUCCAACCUUGGGUUUUUUCUCUUC